CUUUAGCCGUAGCUUCUUUCCUUUCCUUUCCUCUGAUCUUCUCCCAUGGUGGCUGGUCAGGUGGGUCGCUCAACUCACUCGGGUACUUCGUUGUUAAGGAAUUGAACCGUGUGCCCAACGUGUCUCCCAUGGUCAAAGUUCUCAACGAACGAAAGGCACAAAAGCUUUUGAGUUUUGAGGCAUUUUAAUGCCACUGUAGCGCCUAAAGAAGUGAAAGAAGAAACACCCAGAGAGGAAAUAAGCAGAUUACGUUUGUUCAUUCCUCUAUUCUCUUCCUUGGUUUCAUUGGCAAUUAUUCCAGGUGGUGUUUCAGGCAUUACCUGCAAUUCGAGGAGACAAUGUGGAUACAAAUUCUUUGUGGGUUGGUGUUCUACAAGUUGAUCAAAUGGUUUUUCUACCAAGAUGAUACCUAUGAAAUCGAGUCCUCGGACUCGGAUGCAAAGUUCAUGGUUGCCACCAGAAUCGAGAAAGUCUAUGGUGGAAAGGUUUAUCUCGGUCCUAGAAUUCCAGAUGUCGAUUCUGGUACUCGUCAAAAUAUCGAUAUGGUUCUUGUCACUAAAGGGGAGGUGGUAGUGAUCUCAGUCAAGAAUUACUCGGGCUUCGUGGGAAUUGAUGCCGAUGGAACCUGGGUUUGCACAGGUGAUGGCACACGCAAAACAGAGAGGUAUCUUGAUCCUGUUGCAGAAACUAAAAGACAAGUUGCAAUUCUUGAAGCAUACUUGGAGCAAAGGGGAGUAACUUUGCCAGAAGGAUAUAUGUCUGGAAGAGUCAUACUCCCAAAUCCAAACUGCAGGAUGAUUCAUCCAACAAAUUUUUCAUCAGAGGUAAUUACGUUUGACCAAUGGAUACAGCUUAAACCAGAGCCAAGAAAUAAGUUCUCUAGUUGGAUUAAGGAUGCAUUUCGUGGAGGAAAGAAAGAGACGGAGGAUGGGAUAAAUGAGAAGCUUCAUUUCAUUCUUAGCACAGCACCAAUGUGGGAUAGGUUGGUGUUUAAAGAUAAUAAAAACCUUCUUGGGGAAUUUCUACAGUUCAAAGGAAAGCAAGAGGAUAUGCAAGUGCUGAAAUACAUCAAGAGAUCGAAAGUUAGUCGGCUAAUCAUCCAGAAGUCUGCCAUGUUUGGUUUAGGAUUAUCAAUUGGAUUUGACUUUCAAGCUGGGCCAUCCAAAUGUAGCCAUCUGAUUUGGAAACCCAUAUUGAUAAAUAAAACAGCCAUCUUCAAGUCAAUGACAAGACUCGACCCACAUAUGGAUGAAACGCUUUCGUUAAGCAAUGAGUGUGAAUGCGUUACUAACAUCAUCAUCAUGAAUAGAUUAAAAACUAACAAAGAAGGUCAUUCAAAAAUACAAGUUUUGUACUCUCCCCGUGAUUAUCAAAGUGACGGAGCCUCAGGUUCUGAAUGGAAAGAAGUGACGGUGAAAUCACAUACAGAGAUCUUAUUUCAGCCCCAGGGUACUGAUAAAGUCCGUAAGAUCAAGCUUUCAUCUGUAGUUUCAAUGUCUCUAAGUGCAUAAAGAAUGAAGAACGCUCCCUCUUCUCUAUUAAAAAGUAAAAAAAUAAAAAAUAAAAACUGUAAAUUCAUGUAUUGUACUUUAUGCUUUGGUGAGUUCUGCACAUGUUAAUCUCCCAGGGCUUUAAGUUACUGUUGUAACUGACGGCGAUUGUCUUGUGUAUUCUGUGCGUACUUGGGGAAUGCAGUAGUUGGAAGAAAUGAAAUCGAAAGUCCCUGAUUUUCUGGCCCAGAAAA